AUGGAUAAUUUUAUCAAAGAUGAUGACGAUAUAGCUUAUGAAUAUGAAUUACAAAAAGAUCCUAAUAAUAGACUGACUUGGGAGAGGUAUAUAAAUAAAAAGAAGAAUGAAUCGGAUAUUGACAAGACAAAUAUAAUAUGGUUAUAUGAAAGAUGUUGUCUGCAAUUAAGUGAAACAGAUAUUAUUGAAUGUUUGAAUAUAUACUCUGUUUUCUUUAAUUAUUUAAUUUUGGAAAUUGAUUUCAAGGAUUGUAAAUAUUUAGUGGAGAAUCUAUUCAUAAAUAAAUUAUUAAAGUAUUAUAAAAAUUCGAAGUAUUCGAAAAAAAAAAUCAUUGUAUUUGAAAAAAUCUGUUUUGAGCUAUUGAAUUUUUGUAUCUCUAGAAAUGAAAUUCAAUAUAUUCAUAUACUUGUAAAUGAAUUUUUGAAAUCUACUAUUGGCAAUAAUAACUCCAUAGAGUCACAUAGAAAAUUAUGGACACUUUUACUAGAAUACAUCAAGCUCAUCUUGAAUUCAGAUGAUCGUCAAGAAAUAAUUGAUAUUGACAAUGGUAACGUUACAUUAAAUAAUGAGGAAGUGGCGAUAAUUGGUAUACUUAGAGACAACAUAGGAAACCAUGACCAUGAAGAAACCAAAGAAGUUUAUAGCAAUUUAUUUGCUUCCGACUUGAUUGAACGUUAUUUGAUAGUGUGUCCUAAAAGUAAUCUAAAUUACAUUUUAGAAUUGUUAUUCAAGACAAAUGAUUAUCCAAAAAUCAAAUCUGCAUAUGAAAAAUAUUUAUUAAUAGAUAAAAAUUUCAACAAAAAAAUUCCCUUGAAAUUGAAAUUGAACUACCUACUGUCAUUAGAAAAAUGUAACUUGGUAGAAAGUUACGAAAAAUAUAUUCUACAACUUUUAAAUUCAGAAUUGGAUAGUGAAAAUGAAGAAUUCACAAUAAUUACCAUAUUUUGUAAAUUUUUUAUCAAGCAUAAAAAAAUCGAGCAAUUAAACUCUUUCAUAAACGAUACCUUAUCAUUGGAGAACAAACCAAAAACAGCAUCGCCUAACUUAUAUGUUAAAUUAUACGAUUAUUUUAUAAACGUGGAAAAAAAUAUAAUUGAUAUUUAUAUUGAACAACAAUUAGAAAACAGAAGCUUAAUUACUAACCAAUUGAAUUUCUUUAAGCAGCUAUUAUAUUCCAAAGAUUUAAAAAUUAAUGACUUAAAAAUUGCCAAAAAUGAAAAUCAAGUAAUAAAUUGGUUAGAAAGAUUAAAUAUCGUUGACUCAAAUAAAUACAAAAUAUACAGUGACCAACAAAUAGUGCUGAAGAAAGCUGAAAUUUACAAUGAGGCAAUUGUGAGAAUUGAUCCAGCAUCAUCUUCCUUAUUGCCCGGAUCAUUUAGCAAGAUAUGGAUUUCUUAUGCAACCUUUUAUUGGGACCUGAAACAAUACGACACAGCCAAAGAACUAUAUGAAAGGUCUGUAAAAGUACCAUUUAAAUAUUUGCAAGAUUUAGAAGCAAUUUGGUUAUCGUGGGUCAAGCAUAUAAUAUCUCUAAAAGGAAAUGAAAAUAUGAAAGCAGCAAUAAAGAUACUAGAAAGUGCCCUAUCAACAUCCGGAAAUCCAGAAGCUGUCUAUGAAAACUUUAUGAAAAAUUAUAAAUUAAAUUUAAAACCAAGAAUCCCUGCCCAGGCAAUACUAUUCUCUUCUAAAAAAUUGUGGAAUUAUUAUUUAGAUCUAGUUGAAUCUUCAAACAAUUUAUAUUCUGAUGCAGCGUAUGUUGAAAAAAUUAUGUCGAUAUAUGAGAAAAUGAUAGAGCUGAAAGUUGCAACACCAAUCAACUUCAUAAGCUAUGCAGAAUUUCUAUCUAGAGAUAAAAUUUUAGCUGCAUUCCAAAUAUACGAAAGAGCUAUAGCAAUAUUUCCACCAACAACCAAAUAUCUUAUUUGGACUGCAUAUUUAACAAAAACUCUUGAAAAUAAAUCACUGUUAUCUACAGAACAUAUCCGUGAACUGUUUGCAGAAUCAAUUAGAAUGAUGAAUGAAAAUUCUAUCGAAUGUAGUACCUUGUAUACUAUGUUCAGUGACUUUGAAGAAAUUGAGAAUAAAAUGUAUACCAGAUCCGUUAAUAUAUUAAUAGAAGGAAUUUUACAAUCCGUUAAGAAGAAAACUAAAAUUAAUACUAUUCUUAAAUUAUGGGAUUUAGUUAUAAUGAAAACAAAAAGUUUGCUUGGACUAAUUCAUUUGAGACCCAUCUACGAGCAAUGCAUUCAACUGUUACCAAAUUCUGUAGUUACCAAAUAUAUUAUUGAUUUUUCCAAGCUAGAGCUACAGUUAACAGAAGUAGUAAGGGCAAGGCAGAUACUACAUUUUGGUUCCCAAUUAUUACCACCAGCCAAAAAUACAGAGUUAUGGAACUUUUGGGAAGAAAUGGAAAUUAAAUAUGGUACCAAAGAAAAGUAUAAAGAUAUGCUAAAAUUGAAGAAAAAAUUAGAGGAAGAAAUGUUUACAGACACUGCAGCAGUAACGAAAGCAGAGGGUAGGAUUGAAUUUGUCGCUUCAUCAACUUCAAAGGACGAUGUUGAAAGAGUCAUUAAUCCUGACGAACUUGAACUAGAUUUAUAG